AUGCUUCUGCUCCUUUUCGUUCUCGGACUACCAUCGCUUGUCGUUUCUGGAAGAUGCGUCCAAUGCGCUUCACCAUCACUUCAGUCGCAGUGGCAGUUGACCGGAUUUCCUCGACAACCCACAAAUCUAGUCUUUCACACAGCAUGCGGUUCGUCCUUGCAAAGUAUUCCGGAUAAUAUGGUAUUGACUUCUUGCAACACGGUUUGCUUUGAAAUGGUGAUACCAACUUAUAACAACUAUCACUUCGUACGUGGUUGUCACGACGAUUUUAUUGAGAAGGGUAAUACCGCACAGCAAGUACGCGAUGGACCAAUAUGCUAUUAUACGAACGUAACCAGCCAAAAAAUCACUUCAAGUGAAGAUGCGACAUUGACUUUGCCUGGAGUAGCAGUCAUUAGUUACGAUAAAUUCGACAACGAAGCUGGGUACAAAAAUAUUAAGCUGUCACGUUCGAUACUGGAAAAGAUCAAUUUUGACAAUUAUAUAAAGGAACAGCUGCAAUGUAGUGCAACACAAGAAACAAAGUGCAUCAAAAGCAUCUAUUACGAUGGUACUGGCGAGGACAAAAACAAGAAUUCGUGCACUGGAGCAUACUGUACCAGUUUUGAAGGAAAAUUUAAUGGCAAAAAGUACAUAGAACGCGGAUGUGCACCAAUAGUUCCAUUCGUAGAAAAUGUUUGUUUUUCGUUAAACACAACCACCACCUUCGUUUCCGGUCCAGAAGUGCCACGCCUACUCGACGAUACAGUCUAUCUUAGUCGCAGUGUCCUUUUCGCCGGCUACGGAUCUGCAGCACGACAGACUUGCUUGCUGACUUUGAUCGAUAAGACCGAUGAAUAUUGA